AUGGACGUGGAGGGCUGGGGCUGCUACGUGGUCGUGGUGGAGAUCGAUCCCCGGAAGGUGGAGCUGGUGAGGCACAAUGCCAGGAUCUACGGCGUGGAGCAUUUGAUCGAGUUCGUCGUCGGCGAUUUCUUCCACCUCACGCCUUACUUGAAGCAUUCUGUUCAUUCUGUUGGUGUCCUGAUCAUUCUGUUCCUGCCGCUGUGCGCGUCCGACGACAGGCUUGUCUCCAGCAAGCCACUCUCCCCCGGCACCACCAUCGUCUCGGAUGGCGGUGACUUUGCAUUUGGCUUCUUCCCCUCUUCUGGCUCAACGCCGUCCAACCUGUACCUCGGCAUCUGGUACAACGGCAUCUCCGAGCUUACCGUGCCGUGGGUCGCUAACCGGGAAACCCCGGUCAGGAACACUACUACCUCCUCCGCGCCCACGCUCUCCCUCACCAACACCUCCAAUCUUGUUCUCUCUGAUGGUGAUGGCAGUCGUGUUGUUUGGACGACUGGCGUGGCCGCUGCCUCGAGCUCCUAUUCAUCAGAGGCGGUGCUUUUGAAGACCGGUAACCUCAUCAUCCGGUCAUCCAACGGCACCACGGUAUGGCAGAGCUUCGACCACCCAACUGACACGUUCCUACCUGGCAUGAAGAUGCGGAUCAGGUACAGGACACGUGCGGGUGGGCGCCUGGUAUCCUGGAAAGGCUCUGGAGACCCCUCACCAGGGAGCUUCUCCUACGGCUGCGACCCAGCCACCAUUAUCCAGAUGUUCCUCUGGGAGGGGUCACACCCGGUAUACCGCACCGCCCCAUGGACGGGGUACCAGGUGAAGAAUGAGUACCAAUACCUGAUGACCAACAGCAGCGCCAUCAUGAUAUACCUCAGUGUCGUCAAUAAUGAUGAGGAGACCUACGCAAUAUUUAGCGUCUCGGACGUUACCUGGCGGACCAGGCUCGUGUUGACCUACUCCGGCAUGCUCCAGUUCCAGGGCUGGAACAACAGCUCCUCUGCGUGGGUAAUCUUUGGGCAGUGGCCACACUACGGAUGCAACCGCUACGGCAACUGCGGCCCUUAUGGUUACUGUGACGAGACAGUGUUGCCCAUCCCGACAUGCAAGUGCCUCGAUGGUUUUGAGCCGACGAGCACAGAGGAGUGGAACAAGGGCAAGUUCUCAAAGGGGUGUCGACGGAAAGAGGCACUGCGUUGCAGUGAUGGUUUCUUGGCCUUGCCGGGGAUGAAGCCACCGGACAAGUUUGUGUUCGUUGGAGACACGUCGUUGGAGGAGUGUGCGGCGUCAUGCCGCCGCAACUGCUCAUGCGUGGCGUACGCGUAUGCCAACCUGAGCAGUGGCAUGGCCAGCGGAGGUAUGCCAAGGUGCUUGUUGUGGGUCGGUGAGUUGGUUGACACCGGGAAGUUACACGCAGACCCUGUGAGCGACACGCUCUAUCUGCGGCUUGCAGGCUUGGAUGCAGUAGCUGGUACCACUUUAUACCUUAUAUUUAUAUAUACUCGUCCGCACUAACUCUCUUUUUGUUUUAGAUAGACAAGACCCAGUGCAACUCGGAGACGCCUUGGCUAUGUAUAAUACUUUGUUUUUACGUGCGCUGCACAGGUAAAAGGAGAAGGAGCACUGCAGUGAAGAUUGUACUGCCAGUUUUAGGAAGUAGUGUCCUGAUACUCAUGUGUAUUUCCCUUGCAUGGUUGAAAUCCAAAGGUGCGUUUAGUUUACAUUCCUUACCUUCCCGAAACAUUCAAGUUUGUCUAUCUAUUGUACCCCCAUUCCAUGAAAGCUUUAUAAACCCCAUGAAGAUGCAAAUCCAUGCUGGUAAUGCGGUAGUGGCAAUUCAUCAAUAGUUAGCCCAAGAAUUUUGUAUUUUCUAUCUAUUUACAAGCAUUGUUUGUCUGCAUUGCCCCUUUCAUAAAGCAUGUUGCUAAAAAGACGUAUGUUAUGCAGAUGGAAUUAUUCUAUACUCUCUCUGUUUUUAUUUACUCUGCAUAUUAGACUUGGGAUUGAAGUCAAGCUUCAUAAAAUUUGACCAAGUUUAUAGAAAUAAAUAUGACCGUUUAAAAUAGCAAAUCUAUAUGAUGUGAAAGUAUAUUCAAUAAUGAAUCUAAUGGUAUUGAUUUGUUAUUGUAUAUGUUCAUAAUCUUGUAUAUGAACGUUGGCAAAGUUUAACUUUGACCAAAACUAAUAUGCUGAGUAAAUAAAAACGGUGGGAGUACUUGAAAGAAUGGCUUUUGGCUUUAUCUAUGAUAUCAAUACUUACCUUAUAUUAAUAUCUACGCACUUUGUACUAUUUUUUUGAAGAAUGCCCUUUAUAAUUACCAUCCACACCGGUUUGAUGCAUGAAGAUUAUCGUUCUACUGAAUGUCCCCGUGUGUUUGCGUCGUGGUGGUGGUGAAAUAAGAUAAUCUUAUUAGGUAGCAAAAAUAUGUAUGCAUUCUUUUCCUGAGAACAUCAAACACAAAAUAUACCAAAAAAUACUUAAUAUAAUUAUAAGGCAUUAUUUACAUUAUAUUAUAGUAAUUUAAAUUUGUGUUUGCUUGGUGAAUCGUGACGCUUGUCCUUGUGCUGCUGCGUUGGUGCAUAUCCUCAUAGUCAUGUCACCAAAUUAAGCCGACGAAGUGGGAUUACACGGCCCAACCCCAAACCCCUUCCUCAACCCUCGAGGGCGAGACACCUGAGAGGCCAAUGUCCCCGGAGCUAGAGGCUGAGCAGCCGUGGCUUGAGCCUUGAGCAGCACGCCGCCAAUGUCGAUGCUGCGGGGGAGAGGGCUAGUACCAGGUCCACGACCUGCUGACGUACACAGUACCUUCAUCCAAUACUAUGAAGGCGUGCACAAAUCUCAACCAGGAGAAAUCAGAUGCUUAGGUCAUCGACUUCGACAUAAGAAAAAAAAAAUCUAAACGACUAAGAUUUAGUAAAAAAUAUUAUAUCUGUUAUUAAAAUCAUGGCAUACGAUUCUUCCACAUACACUGAGUUAUGCUACAUUCUUAUUUUCAUGGCUGAGAUUUAAGAAGUAAAGAUACAGGGACGUGGGUACUAAAAAAAAAAGAUACAGGAACGUGGCAACGUCCAUAAGAUGUUGUGACCGA